AUGGAAGAAUCAAGCCGUGAAUCUCAGCCACGCUGUCCAUGUGGGUUUUGGGGAUCUUCAAAAACUUUGGGCCUGUGUUCUGUGUGCUAUAGACAAGUCCAUAGAAAUCAGACUCAAGGAAAUACCAACACGUCUGAUGUGGGCAGAGCUGGUGUUGGGAACUGUCACAGCCAAACACAAAACAGUCAGGGAAAGAGGAUGGACUCCAGGCAUUUUCCAUCACGGUCAACAGCGGAUAACUUACCUGGCUCUCUGAGUUCCCCGCCAGGUGAAAGAACUGCAUUGUCAGCAACACCUGCAUCACCUGUAGAUGCAACAUCAGCAACAAGUGGCGGUACCUCGGCAUCACACCACUCUUCAGCUGUGACUACUGCCAGCGUGGACAAUCAGACAGAAACAACUACCAUGACCAUAUCAUCAUGUGAAUCCUUGCUGACUUCAGAUGUCUCUGACCUAUGCAGCACUGCAUCUAGUGAUCUGUCACAUGACUCUAAGCAUGACACUGGCUCCUGUGCCUCAGACUCUUAUGCUAGCCUAAUUUCAGGGACUAGCAGCAACACAGCAGCCAUGCCAUCUUUUGCAACAUCUGAAAGUAAUGAAGAAUGUAUAAACAAUGAUUGUCAGGUUGCUGGGGGCCAAAGUUCAAUAGCUGGUGUGGGAUUCAGAACUGACAUUGCCUCCAAAUCUUCCACUCAGUCACCUUCAGACUGUGCACAAACUGUCGGCACUUGUGCUGAUACAACGGUUGUUGGCAACACAGCUGCUUCUUCCAAUAAAAACACUUCUCCGAAAACUAUGGAUACUGGAGACAGGCGCACAAACACUUCUACAGCAUGUGACAUAACUUCUCAGGCAUCAGCAAGUCGAACUAACCCAUUGACCGACACAAACAGGAGCACAGAGCCAGCACCAGGAGAGGUAGAUAUAUCUGCUGCCCAAAUGAGGGGCACCAAGAGAUCCAGAGAUGAUAUGGAGGCUUCUGGAGAACUUCCUGUUCCAUCUCAAAAAAAUAAGAGACGCUGCUAUACUUGUAGUUGUAAGCUAGAGCUUGCUCAGCGUACUAUUGGUCGGUGCAGAUGUGAUCGGGUAUUUUGUGCACUUCAUCGACUGCCAGAGCUGCAUCAAUGUGAGUUUAAUCAUAAGGAAGAUGGACGACGUGAAGCUAGGGAAAAAAUGAUCAAACCUACACGACAUCUUGGGCCUUCCUAUCGUAGAGAGGAUCACUCAUGA